AUGUCCCAAAAGCAGAAUCUAGCUUCGGACUCCUCGCCCGGCGGCGGAGUCUUUGCCUCAGUCUUCUCACCCUCCGGCAUCAAACCACCCCAACAUCGUCAACGCUUCACUCCCGCCGCCACCUUGACUAUCCCGGACAUCAGAACAGCAUUGCACGCACAUCUCAAAUUGCUGCUCGGCAUCGAAGACAAAGACUUCGUCUAUGGGAUAAAUCGAUGGGUCUCAGAUGCUGGAGGACCAUUUCAUAGUCACUUUGAAUCUAGUCCGCCAGCCGACCAAAUCCGACGACCAACACCAGCUGAUCAUAAAUUUCAGAAUUCAAAAGAAGCCAAAUCCUCCGUCUGGAGCGAUCUCGUUAGAUGGCGCUCAGUCAUCGGGACUGAAACAGUCAAGAAAUUACUUGCGGCCGUUCUCAAUGACUUGAUGACAGAGUUCAUCACCUGGUCUUAUGCUGGGGUCUACCUUGAACAUCUUCAUAUUCACCUUGAAUUCUGGAUGGAACAUUUGUUCGCCAGGGUCGCUCAUAAGGCUGUCUGCACCCUGGAUGACCACCCUAGAGGCACACCAUUUCCAGAGACUGAAUUGAAAAAGUGGAAAGACAUGGCAACGGCCCGUCUAGGCGCUCUUCGAGUCGACGAGCUCUUUGAGAUCAUCGUGGACUGGGAUAAUACGGCACCGGCCAUAGAGGAUUUGAGACGUUUCACUACCAACCCAGCCACGAGAGGAUACUUGACUCACAACUUUGCAGAUGUACUCCAGACACGUCUCCUGCAUCCGGGUGCGUCAACCAUUGAGAUUAUUCAGCUGUACAUCUCGAUUAUCCGGUCCUUUCGGAUUCUCGAUCCAAAAGGCGUGCUGCUGGAUCGAGUGACCAGGAAAAUUCGCCGGUACCUACGAGAGCGAGAUGAUACUGUCAGGGUGAUCGUGACCGGACUCCUCAGUGACACCGUGAGCGAAAAUGGGGAACUAUCCGGCCCGGACCCAGAAACGCUUACAGAGUUGGCUACAGAGUUAGGCCGACACAACACAGGGAAUGGUGCUGCAGACGACAGCGAGUUCGAGUGGGACAACAUGGACUGGGUCCCAGACCCCGUGGACGCAGCACCGGACUACGUGAAAUCCACAAAUACAGACGUCAUCGGCAGUCUGAUUACAUUAUUUGAAACCAAAGACGUUUUCGUCAAAGAGCUCCAGUCUUCACUGGCCGACCGCUUGCUCAAGAACAAACCCGACUUCAACCAUGAGAUUGGCGUAUUGGAACAUUUGAAGAUUCGCUUCGGCGACUCCACGCUGCAGGGAUGCGAGGUCAUGCUUCGAGAUGUGCUUGACUCGAGAAAAGUCGACAACGUCAUCCACAGAGACCAAGACAGGCAAGACGCCCAAGGCAGACCCCUCCGCGGUGACGACGUCCAGCUGCGCGCCAAGAUCCUGUCGCGGCUCUUCUGGCCGUCGAUGCCCGAGCAGUCAUUCAAAGUACCGCAAACUGUGCUGGAACAGCAGCAGAACUAUGAGAGAGGGUUCGAGGCCCUCAAACAAUCGCGCAAGUUAACCUGGCUUAACGCCGUGGGCCAAGUCGAAGUGGAGCUCGAGCUAGAAGAUCGCUUUUACCACGAUGAAGUCCUGCCGUGGCAGGCUGCUGUAAUAUAUGCUUUCCAAGACGAGGGAGCUACGGCAGGGCCACCUAUCCAAAAAUCCGUCAAGGAACUCGCUUCCGAUCUGUCCAUGUCCCCUACCCUCGUGCGGUCGGCUUGUAUAUUCUGGAUGUCGAAGCGGAUACUGAUCGAAACGAGCAAAGACACUUUUUGCGUGCUGGAGAAAUUGCCCGACGGCAAUGGCGACACAGUUAUGAACGAGGACUCUUCAGCAUCAGCAAGGCCUGCUGUCGCCGCCACGGCCGCCAGUGCCGCUGCGGAAGCUGCGGCGGCUCAGGCCACGAAGGAGGCCGAAGAAGCAGAGCGCAAACAGAAAAUGGCCACGUAUCAUCAGUUCAUCAUCAGUAUGUUGACGAAUCAGGGGGCGGUACCGUUGCCGAGGAUCGCGAUGAUGUUGGGAAUUGUGGUCCCUGGAGGGUUUCCAUUUAGUAAUGAGGAAUUGAAGGAGUUUUUGGCGGGCAUGAUCAAGGAAGGCAUUCUGGACGUCGGACAUGGUGGCAACUAUAAGAUUGCCUCCUGA